AAGUUCCAUUCCACUCCUUCUUUCUUUCUUCGAUCACAAGUAGAGAUCUUCUCUUCUUUUCACAUUUCACAGAUUUCUCAUUAAGUUCUGAUCUGGAUCUCUUUUAGGUUUCUUUUGGGAGAUAACUGCUCAUCUCGUCGAUUCUAAAGCUUCCUCAGUUGUAGAGAAACAAACUUUUUCAUGGAAACUCUUCCAUUGAUUAAAAACAUCCUUCUAUUGGAUUCGGAAGGGAAGCGAGUAGCUGUGAAGUACUAUUCAGAUGACUGGCCAACAAACAGUGCAAAGUUAGCCUUCGAAAAAGCUAUAUUUACAAAAACACAGAAGACGAAUGCUCGGACUGAAGCGGAGAUUGCGAUGUUUGAGAACCACAUUGUCGUUUAUAAGUUUAUUCAAGAUCUGCACUUUUUUGUUACUGGCGGUGACAAUGAGAAUGAGCUCAUAUUAGCCACUGUUCUUCAGGCAUUCUUUGAUGCAGUUGCGCUCCUUCUCAGGAACAAUUUGGAUAAAAUGACAGCACUCGAGAACUUGGAUCUUAUCCUUUUAUGCCUUGAUGAGAUUGUUGACGGAGGGAAUAUUCUUGACAACGAAGCCAGCAUUAUUGCAGCUAAAGUCGCAUCUAAUGGUGGUGACAAUGCGGCAUCUUUGUCUGAGCAGACCAUCUCUCAAGCACUAGCUACUGCCCGAGAACAUUUAACUAGAUCUCUCCUCAAGUGAUAAGUGCUGUUGGCAAGGAAUGAGAAAGGACAGAAAUAACAGAAGUGUUGAUCUUUUUUUCCCCUCUAUCUCAGCGGGUACAUGAACGCUUCUUAGUUUCCUAUAAAUAUGAUUGGUACUCUUUAACUCCUUAAAACUGUAAAAGACUAAUGUUUGCAGCAGAAUCAAAGGACUGGGAACUUAAAAGUAGGAAAUAUAGUGCCGUUCUCUUGCUUCUGCAUAUUAAAAUUUCAUAUUAACUCGUUCCAUCCAUGGCUAGGUUAAAAAAAACAUAGUACACUUUCUGCAACCUUUAUAAUGCAGUGCAUAAUCUUGAAUUUAAAAGCUUUUUUGAGGCA